AUGUCAGAGCGCCGGGUGCCCUUCACUUUCCUCCGCAGCCCCAGCUGGGACCCCUGGCGGGACUGGUACCUGGGCAGCCGGCUCUUCGACCAGCCCUUCGGCAUGCCCCACAUUCUCGAGGACUGGGGCAAGUGGCCGAGCAGCACCAGCUGGCCGGGUUACCUCCGCCUGAUGCCCAGCCAGGCUGCCGAGCCGGUAGCUGUCGCCAGCCCCAUCGUCACCUCGCCAACCUCCCCCAACCCGGCCUACAGCCGGGCCCUGAGCCGCCAGCUAAGCAGCGGCGUCUCGGAGAUCCGGCAGACCUCGGACGGCUGGAAGGUUGCCCUGGACGUCAACUACUUUGCCCCGGAGGAGCUGCUGGUGAAGACCAAGGAUGGCGUGGUGGAGAUCACCGGCAAACACGAGGAGAAGCAGGACGAGCACGGCUUCAUCUCCAGGUGCUUCACCAGAAAAUACACCCUGCCCCCUGGCAUCGAUGCCACCUCGGUCCGCUCCUCGCUCUCCCCAGACGGCAUGCUGACGGUGGAAGCCCCCCUGCCCAAGCCAGCCAUCCAGUCCGCCGAGAUCACGAUCCCCGUCACCUUUGAGAGCCAUGCCCAGAUCACCCCGACGGACACCAAAAAGCCUGAGGAAGCUGCCAAGAAAUAA